CUCACAGGCCCUGCUAUCUCCAUGCCAAAACUAGCAGUGGAUUUCUUCCUUUUAAUCUCCCCUAAUGCCUUAUUCGAUUGUCACUGCUCUCCAACCAGACUGUCCCUUCAGACUCUAUAUUUCCCAACUGUACCUGUCAGAGGAGGUUGGGUGUCUGCAGGACAUAGUCUAAGACCGCAAGCCACCCUUCCACGUGAGAAGACAGAAACAAGAAAAAUAGAGCAAGGGAAUCCCAAACACUUUCCUGGCAAACUCUUCAUCCUUUGGUUUACUGGCUGGACACAAGCAGGGAAGAGGGAUGUGAGGGGUUUAGAAGAUUUCUCCAGUUGAUUGGUAAAGGAGAACUGGCUGAGGAGAGGAAGAAGGCAGGAGGAGGGUGGCCUGAGCAUCUUCGCAAACCAUAGGAUGGUGUUGCUUCUGUCCUGGAUGUCUAUUAUUUUAUGGCUAGAAAAUACCAGAGCUCAGCUUGAAGAUGAAGGCAACUUCUUCUCAGAAAAUGUCAGUCGGAUUCUUGACAACUUGCUGGAAGGUUACGACAACCGUCUUCGCCCAGGAUUUGGAGGUGCUGUCACAGAAGUCAAAACAGACAUCUAUGUGACAAGUUUCGGGCCAGUGUCAGAUGUUGAGAUGGAGUACACAAUGGACGUUUUCUUCCGCCAGACUUGGACUGACGAGAGGCUGAAGUUUGGGGGUCCAGCUGAGAUUCUGAGUUUAAACAACUUGAUGGUCAGUAAGAUUUGGACACCUGACACUUUUUUCAGAAAUGGCAAGAAGUCAAUUGCACACAACAUGACGACCCCGAACAAGCUCUUUCGACUAAUGCAAAAUGGAACAAUCCUGUACACCAUGAGGCUCACCAUCAAUGCCGACUGUCCCAUGCGAUUGGUUAACUUUCCUAUGGAUGGACAUGCUUGUCCACUCAAGUUUGGGAGCUAUGCUUAUCCUAAAAGUGAAAUCAUAUACACAUGGAAAAAAGGACCACUUUACUCAGUAGAAGUCCCAGAAGAAUCUUCUAGUCUCCUUCAGUAUGAUUUGAUUGGGCAAACAGUGUCUAGUGAGACAAUUAAAUCUAACACAGGUGAAUAUGUAAUCAUGACAGUUUAUUUCCACUUGCAAAGGAAGAUGGGCUACUUCAUGAUCCAGAUAUACACCCCGUGCAUUAUGACAGUCAUCCUUUCUCAAGUGUCGUUCUGGAUCAAUAAGGAGUCUGUCCCCGCCAGGACUGUCUUCGGAAUCACCACUGUUUUAACCAUGACCACCUUAAGCAUCAGUGCUCGGCACUCCUUACCCAAAGUGUCCUAUGCAACAGCCAUGGAUUGGUUCAUAGCCGUGUGUUUUGCUUUUGUCUUUUCUGCUCUCAUUGAAUUCGCAGCUGUCAACUACUUCACCAAUCUCCAGUCACAGAAGGCUGAAAGGAAGGCACAGACUGCGGCCGCACCCCCAGUGGUAAUAUCAGAAAUGACCGGACCUCUGGAAGCUGAGAUUGUGGUGCAUUCUGACUCCAAGUACCAUCUGAAGAAAAGGCUUACAUCCCUGACUUUGCCCAUAGUUCCGUCUACUGAAGCCAGCAAAGUCCUCACAAGAGCACCAGUCUUACAAUCAACACCUGCCACUCCCCCACCGCCCUUACCAGCUUUUGGGGGCACCAGUAAAAUAGAUCAGUAUUCUCGAAUCCUUUUUCCAGUUGCAUUUGCAGGAUUCAACCUUGUGUACUGGAUAGUUUAUCUUUCCAAAGACACGAUGGAAGUGAGCAGCAGCAUUGAAUAGCUUGCAGCCAGGACAACCGUGUAGCACGAAUUCUCAUUCUCCUUAUUAAAAAUAUAUGAAUUGUGAAGAUGUGUGUAAAUGCUUUUCAGAUAUGAAAUACAAAUUGAAAAUCUGCAAGGCAUAUUGUUUAAUAAGCCUGUAUGGGCUAAAUCCAAUGAUAUUCCCUCAGAAUUGAAGUUGGAAGACUGCUGAAUACGUGACUUUUCUAUAGUAGAGAAAAAUGUUCUAAGUGGAUACGAUGGAUUCAAGACAGAUUUGUCAACCGUUGCUCUUCAUUGUUCCAUAGUUUUAAUUGUCACCGAGAAUAACGUUUGCCACGGGGCAGAUAAAAUAAGACACCCCGAAACUUCUAAAUGUUGCCUUAAAUCUAUUUAUUUUGGCUUAGUUUUCAGUCUGAAUAUUUAUUGGUAUGUUUGUUCAGCAUGUUGGAGGCCUUUAUGCUUUUAUAAGAGCUUACAGUGGCAGUGUACGGCUUCUAUUGAGUUUAGACGUUUGUUCCUAACCUUGCUGUGCUCUUUUACCUCAAUAAAGUGUGGCAUUAUAUACAUAUAAAUAAUACAUAGACCAUAAAUUAUGUAUGCAUAUGUACAUAGCUUUGGCUAUACUGAAAUAAAGUGUUGCUGUAGCC